GAAUCAUAUGAAGUGGGAGUGAAGCAGCGAAGCAGGCCGGACUCUGAACUCACUCUCUCGGUAAGCUCCAGCCCGGGCCGCCUUUCCUCUCCUUUCAGCCUCUUUAACUCAGGAAAACAGAGGCUUGGGAUCCAAGAUGACUGACUCGAAAUAUUUCACCACCACCAAGAAAGGGGAGAUCUUUGAGCUGAAGGCAGAGCUGAACAGCGAUAAGAAAGAGAAGAAGAAGGAGGCGGUGAAGAAGGUCAUUGCCUCUAUGACGGUGGGGAAAGAUGUGAGCGCCCUCUUUCCUGACGUGGUGAACUGCAUGCAGACUGAUAAUCUGGAGCUGAAGAAGCUGGUCUAUCUGUACCUGAUGAACUACGCCAAGAGCCAGCCAGAUAUGGCCAUCAUGGCCGUGAACACCUUCGUCAAGGACUGUGAGGACCCUAACCCGCUGAUUCGGGCUCUGGCCGUGCGCACCAUGGGCUGCAUUCGCGUGGAUAAGAUCACGGAGUACCUGUGUGAGCCCCUCAGGAAGUGUCUCAAGGAUGAAGAUCCUUAUGUGAGGAAGACGGCGGCGGUGUGCGUGGCCAAGCUCCAUGACAUUAACGCCCAGCUGGUGGAGGACCAGGGCUUCCUGGAUACCCUGAAGGACCUCAUCUCUGACUCCAAUCCCAUGGUGGUGGCGAACGCCGUUGCCGCGCUCUCGGAGAUAGCCGAGUCUCAUCCCAACAGCAACCUGCUGGAUCUGAACCCUCAGACAAUCAACAAGCUGCUGACGGCCCUGAACGAGUGCACAGAGUGGGGCCAGAUCUUCAUCCUGGACUGCCUGGCCAACUACACGCCCCGCGAUGACCGCGAGUCCCAGAGUAUCUGUGAGCGGGUGACUCCGAGGCUGUCCCACGCUAACUCCGCUGUAGUGCUGUCGGCCGUGAAGGUGCUGAUGAAGUUCAUGGAGAUGCUCCCGAAGGACCUGGACUACUACGGGACCCUGCUGAAGAAACUCGCCCCACCGCUGGUCACUCUGCUGUCAGCUGAGCCCGAGCUGCAGUACGUGGCUCUGAGGAACAUCAAUCUCAUCGUACAGAAACGGCCUGAGAUUCUGAAGCACGAGAUGAAAGUGUUCUUCGUGAAAUACAAUGACCCGAUCUACGUCAAGCUCGAGAAGCUGGACAUCAUGAUCCGACUGGCUUCUCAGGCCAACAUCGCGCAGGUGUUGGCUGAGCUAAAGGAAUACGCCACUGAGGUGGACGUGGACUUUGUCCGCAAGGCUGUCCGCGCCAUCGGCCGCUGCGCCAUCAAAGUGGAGCAAUCGGCCGAGCGCUGUGUCAGCACCCUGCUGGAUCUCAUUCAGACGAAGGUGAACUACGUGGUGCAGGAGGCCAUUGUGGUCAUCAAGGACAUUUUCCGCAAAUACCCCAACAAGUAUGAGAGCGUGAUAGCCACCCUCUGUGAGAAUCUGGACUCUCUUGAUGAGCCGGAGGCCCGCGCAGCCAUGAUCUGGAUUGUGGGAGAGUAUGCAGAGAGAAUUGAUAAUGCAGACGAACUGCUGGAGAGCUUCCUGGAGGGAUUUCACGACGAGAGCACACAGGUGCAGCUGCAGCUGCUGACGGCCAUAGUGAAGCUGUUCCUGAAGAAACCUACUGAGACCCAGGAGCUCGUUCAGCAGGUGCUCAGCCUGGCCACACAGGAUUCGGAUAACCCUGACCUGCGGGACCGCGGCUAUAUCUACUGGCGUCUGCUCUCCACCGACCCCGUGGCUGCUAAGGAGGUGGUUCUGGCUGAGAAGCCGCUGAUCUCAGAGGAGACCGACCUGAUUGAGCCCACCCUGCUGGACGAGCUGAUCUGCCACAUCGGCACCCUGGCCUCCGUCUACCACAAACCACCCAGCGCCUUCGUGGAGGGCGGCCGCGGAGUCCAGCACAAGCGGCUACCAGCUCGUGCUGGCUCCGGUGAGAGUGCUGAAAGCCCAGAAGUUGGCCAGUCGGUGAGUGGAGCCUCCGAUGCUCCACCUGCUGUCAUUCCAUCCCAGGGUGAUCUCCUAGGUGACCUCCUGAACCUAGACUUGGCUCCACCCACCAGCAACGUGCCUCCUGUGCCCUCCUCGAUGCAAAUGGGGGCGAUGGACCUGCUGGGUGGAGGGCUGGACAGCCUGAUGGGAGAUGAAUCUGAAACGCUUGGUGGAGACAUCGGAGGGAGCCCUGCGAUGGGUGUGGGUCUAGGGGGCGCACCAGUGGGCAUGCCUGCAGGUCUUGGCGCUGCCCCUGCUGUCGGAGGGGGCCUGGGUGACCUCUUUGACCUCGGCGGAGGCGUAGGCAUGACAGCAGGAUCCUACGUCCCUCCCAAAACGGUAUGGCUGCCGGCAAUGAAAGCUAAAGGCUUGGAGAUCUCCGGGACGUUUGCCAGGCGCAGCGGCGUCAUCCACAUGGACCUGUCCUUCACCAACAAGGCCAUGAGCGUCAUGACUGACUUCGCCAUCCAGUUCAACAAGAACAGUUUCGGGCUGGCUCCUGCUGGUCCUCUGCAGGUUCUGACCCCCCUCAGUCCUAAUCAGACGGUGGAUGUCAGUCUGCCGCUCAGCAACACCGGCCCGGUGAUGAAGAUGGAGCCUCUCAAUAACCUGCAGGUGGCUGUGAAGAACAACAUUGACGUGUUCUACUUCAGCUGUCAGUACCCCAUUAGUCUGCUCUUUGUGGAGGAUGGGAAGAUGGACAGACAGGUGUUCCUGGCCACCUGGAAGGACAUUCCCAGCGAAAACGAGGCUCAGUUUCAGAUCAAAGACUGCCACCUCAACUCAGACGCUGCCAGUAACAAACUGCAGGGCAGUAAUAUCUUCACAGUCGCCAAGCGCACAGUGGACACCCAGGACAUGCUGUACCAAUCCGUCAAACUGACCAACGGCAUCUGGGUGCUGGCAGAGCUGCGCAUUCAGACAGGCAACCCCAACUCCACGGACAUGGAGCUCUCAGUGAAGUGCCGUGCUCCCGAGGUCUCUCAGUAUGUUUAUCAGUGCUAUGAGCUGAUCCUGCGGAACUGAAGCAGAAGCCAGAGGACACUGCAAGAACCCAGCCUGGACCCAGAUCUGCCUCUACAACCACCCCAAACUCAACCAUCUCUCUUUCUCUCUCUCUCUGGCUCUCUUUCUCUUAAACGGGCCCUUUCUGGCUCGUGCUGGGCUGCUUUUUGACUGAUUGAUCCAAACUCCACCCAGAAAUGCAGUCUUUCUUAGCAACUGUUGCUAGUGUUAAUCAAUUUGGGAAGAAUAUCUAAUUGCAACUAAUAUGACUAAAAAUGCGACAGCAGUUUAAAUUGUGAUUAUUUUCUAUACGUUAAGGUUCAGGUCGGCCAAGACGACCAGAAUAUCCACCUUUUCUGGCUUGAGGACUGAAUGUAGUGUGCUAGUAAGUUGUGGUUGUGACGUCACAACACAUGGAGGUUUGGUUGCUUCUGAUUGGUCUGAUUUAUCUACAAGCAGUUCACGCUCUGUGUUAUUAGGUUAUAUUUCCCACUUAAAACUUAGGACAGAAUUUUUAUAAUGUCGCCUAUAAUUAAAGAAAAAUUGCAACUCUUGGGAUUUGAAAAUUGCAUUCUUUACAUUGCGAUUUGAAGAUUAAAAAAAUUAUAAUGAACGGAUCCAUAAAAAUGCUCCCAAAUGACUUGGAAUAAAAUCUCUUUACAUUAACGUUAGAAAUGUUUCUGCCUUCGCGUGUAAAGUUGCCAUUUUGGAAAGUGAUGGAAUGUUAAACGUGGAGUUUCUAGCGCUGCUAAUCUGAACUAGGCAGGUUGAAAACAACAGCCACCGUGCCAUCAUUAGUUCAAUUACUCGACAAAAAUAUCUACACCUGAUCUGUCCUAACAGUGAGUAUGUUUACAUGCACUCAAUAAUCCGAUCAUAAUCUGAUUUCUGCAGUUAUCUGAUUAUUCAAAUGGUCCUGUAAACAGCACACAAUCCAUUUAGAUCAGAGUAAGGUCUAGAAUC